GAACAGAAGUGGAAAGCCUUACUUACCAGUUUAUUAUAUGUUUCAUGCCCAUGAUAAUUACUUUUAUAAUGCCACUCAUGAAUACAUUGAUCAGAUUAGGAUGAAUCACCUGGCUGGCCAAUAGCUAUUGGAAUGACUCUCCAUGCAUGACUUGGUUGUGUUAUUACAAAACGUGGAAGAAUAGACCUGCCUAGCUGUUGCAGCAGAUGUUCAUUUGUCAUGCUGUCUUAAGGAGAUGAAGAGAUGAGAGCAAACUGUUCCAGCAGCUCAGCCUGCCCUGCUAACAGUUCGGAGGAGGAGUUGCCCGUGGGACCGGAGGUACAUGGGAACCUGGAACUUGUUUUCACAGUGGUGUCGGCUGUGAUGAUGGCCCUGCUCAUGUUCUCCUUGGGAUGCUCUGUGGAGUUCCGGAAGCUAUGGUCGCACAUCAGGAGACCCUGGGGCAUUGCUGUAGGACUGCUCUGCCAGUUUGGCCUCAUGCCUCUUAUGGCCUAUCUCCUGGCCAUCAGCUUCUCUCUGAAGCCAGCCCAAGCCGUUGCUGUUCUCGUCAUGGGGUGCUGCCCAGGGGGAACCAUCUCAAACAUUUUCACCUUCUGGGUCGAUGGAGAUAUGGAUCUCAGCAUCACUAUGACGACCUGUUCCACUGUGGCUGCCCUGGGAAUGAUGCCGCUCUGCCUGUAUCUCUACACCUUGUCCUGGAAUCUUGAGCAGAAUCUCACCAUUCCAUAUCAGAAUAUAGGAAUCACCCUUGUGUGCCUGACCAUCCCUGUGGCCUUUGGUGUCUAUGUGAAUUAUAGGUGGCCCAAGCAAUCCAAAAUCAUUCUCAAGGCCCAUACACUGAGGCUUAUGGACACAGUCAAGAAUGGGACUUUUGCUGUAGUGACAGGAAAGCCAAGGCCUAUGUGUGGCCAGAGAGAACCCAGAGCCCAUCUAUUCACAAGAUUCCACAUGAGUGCUCUCGAGGUGAAAGCUGCUCAGAUUGGGGCCAUUGUUGGUGGGGUCCUCCUUUUGGUGGUCGCAGUUGCUGGUGUGGUGUUGGCAAAAGGAUCUUGGAAUUCAGACAUCACUCUUCUGACCAUCAGUUUCAUCUUCCCCUUGAUUGGCCAUGUCACGGGCUUUCUGCUGGCACUUCUUACCCACCAAUCUUGGCAGAGAUGCAGGACGAUUUCCUUAGAAACUGGAGCUCAGAAUAUUCAGAUGUGUGUCACCAUGCUCCAGUUAUCUUUCACUGCCAAGCAGUUGGUCCAGAUGCUUAGCUUCCCACUGGCCUAUGGACUCUUCCAGCUGUUGGAUGGAUUUCUCAUUGUUGCAGCAUACAAGAUGUACAAGAGGAGAUUGAAGAAUGAACACAGAAAAAAGAACACACGUUGUGAAGAAGGCUGCCAUAACAAGAAAUCCACUUCUCCCAAAGAGACUGGUGCUUUUUUGGAGGUGAAUGAGGAAGUCACCAUAACUUCUGGGCCAUCAAUGCCGAUGGAUCUCCACACAACCCUUGAGCCACCUGGCCACAUCUCUUCUGGUACCUAGUAAGGGUUGCUGGCCUGACUGGUCUCCAUCUUCCUCAGUGGCCAGUAAAGACAGUGCAGAACUGAUGUUUGGAUCUCAUUGGCAGGGCCUAUGGGAAUAUUGGAUAUUUAUAUUUUCAUGUGGUUUGUGAACUGUCAUAGGAUCCAUUUUUGAGAAUGUAUUCUGCCUCUUUCCGGGAGUCUUUUGGGGGUUUGCACAAUAUAUUUACUAGCUGCU